CCAGAAUAUAACGACCGACAAAUACCAAAAGCCCUUCCUUAAGUUCACUGUCUCCAUUUGCGAACAAAAGGAGGCUCAGCUGAUCGUCGAUUCUGACCUGCCAUUUCUCUCAGUUCGAUCACAUCGAGUAAAUUAGGAAAAGAUGGGAGGAGGAGGAGGAGAGCAUGGGCAUGGAGCAGAGGAUUUCAGGAAGAAGGUGUGGAGCAUGUCGGGAGGCCCAUACUGCCGGCCGAAGCACUGGCGUCGCAACACCGCCAUUGCCAUGUUCGGUGUUGUCCUCAUCUGCAUCCCCAUUGCCAUGAAAUCCGCCGAGCUCGAGCAACGGCCUCAUCACCCUGUUCGUCCGAUUCCUUCACAGCUUUGGUGCAAGAACUUUGGAAAGAAAGAUUAUUAAGCCUGUCCAGUCUGUCCAGGGUUGUUGAAUGAAGUACUGUUGGCAAUUCAAACCAGCCUACGGGUGGUAGUUUCACAAACAUGUAAUUGUUUAAUACAAUGGAUUGGGUAACAUUUCCUAUGAUCUGUAUUUGAGACCCUUUGACUGGUUUAGCUUUCCAUAUGAUCAAUAAGUUGUGACUAUUGCUUUCACUGUCAUCGUUAAAAUCUCAAAACUGGCUUUGUAAGUUCUAUAAAUUUUGUUAUUGAAGAGAUAUAUUUAAUGCUGUUU